UGCUCCCGCGCGUGAUGGGGACCCGGCUGGCGGGGUAUCAAGGGGCCGAAGGGGGGGGCUGAUCCGAAAAGCUAGGGGAGCAAGAUGGCAUUCUGCCGAUGCACAAUUGGCACAGCACGAAUGCCCCCUCCGGCUGCCCUUUUCUACAAGUGCAGACUUGCUACUGCCGGCGGAAAUAUCCUUGGCUGGGUCUGCUGCUCCUCAGACAGCCGCAGCCAAUUGAUCAAGUCGAGCUUGCAUACGGCCUGCAGGCACGCUCGGAAGAACUCUCGUGGAACCCCAGUGACGUAAGGCCCAGGCCCGCCGCGACUUCACCCGCAUCACCGAGGGGGUCGGCUUCGAGGGCGCGCCGCCGCGUUCUCGUGACCCGGGAAAUCCUCUUUGCGGCGCCCCUCGGCCACGACACCUCGGCCGGCUUCCCUCGGGCCAUCACUGGACUGCAGUGCUGGCGCCGUCCAAAGUUGGAGACCACGAUGCUUUCCCCAAUCCUCUGCCCCGGGAACCGUGUAAGCCGAUCCGUGCAUGCUCGUCGAGCCUGGACCCUCCACGGUGCCAGCACGGCGCUCACGGACUAGCUUUCAGCCCCCGCAAUGACAACACGAACCCAAUCCCCGUGACGGAGCACAGCUGCUAAACGCUCUUCCCUUCCAUCCUCUUCUCAUCCUGUUUACCCUCUUAAACACUCCCAUUGUCCCUCGUGAGACCCAAUCUCGACCUCUUUUCUCCUUCAGCCAGAAUGCCACCCAGGCGGCUGGCAUCAGCACCGACAUUGUGACGCUCACCCGC